CACGGGAACAGGAAUCCCACUGGGAUCAGCAUUCCCAGAGGGAACAGCAAUCCCACAGGUACCACUAUUCCCAGAGGGAUCAGCAUUCCCAGAGGGAACAGCAUUCCCACAGGGAACAGCAUUCCCAGAGGGAUCAGCAUUCCCACAGGGAACAGCAUCCUGCUGCCAGCUCCGGCAGGCACAGGAAAACACAGCCUCCCUCAUGCUCAUGAAUCUGUCCCACUUGGGAUGUUUCCAGGAUAGAAACUGGAGUGGGACUCUGGGACCAAUCCCAGAGGAUGUGAUGGAUGUGAGGGGCAGUGCUGCCAUGUUCUUUUUUCCCUUAAAAGACUCUGUAGGAGUCCAAGGAAAGUACCCAGCAAGGUGGCUGUGGAAUGCAGAGGAAUGUGGGGAGCACCCAUGGGCAGACUUGGAGGAGCAGUGGGAGCCACUGGAGUGGGAAUGUGGGAAUUGUUAGGGUUGGAGGUGACUAUGGAGACCAGCUAAUCCAACCCCAAGGAACUGGAGCAGCAGGAAUCUCUGGAGUGGGAAUGUGGGGAUCAUCCAGAGGCAAGCUCAGAGGAGCAGCGGGACCUGCUGGGCUCUGAGGGAGGGGUCUGGAAGACACAGCUGGACAGCCUUGGCACAUAGAACGCUGUCCUUGCUGCUGGCAUCCUGCCCUGGGCUGGGAUCCCUGGGGAGAAGAUGAGCUCUGAGCCCAGACCCAGAGAGCUCACACGCUCUCAGCCACGUGGGCUGGCAGCUGUGGGGCCAGGGGACCACAGUGCACCACACAGAAAUAGCUUCUCUUCCCUGGGGAAGCGAGCUUGUUGCUGCCAAGAAGAAGAGGAUGUUGUAACCCUCAGCUCCUCACACCAUUUCUUUCUACCCUGAGAUUAUCCUGCUUCCACGCACUCAGGGACUUUCCCUGGUGCACCUGUGGUUUUGUAAACUUUGCAGGAGAGCUGGAGGGAGGAUUGUGUCCCAUGUUAUCCCGGGUCAUUUUGGGCUAGUUGCAUCAUCCUCCUCACUCUGGUGGGAUGGAAUCACAUCUGGGGAGAAAGAAUUGGGAAAUAGGAGGUGAUGGCCUAGAUAAACCCUGUGUGGAAGCAGCAGAGGAAUUCCUGGGAUUUGUCCUUCUUCUCCCAGUCUCUGUCAUCCCAGUUCUUUGGAUUUGGUUCCCUGAGGAGCUCACUGGAGUCAGACACCCGGUUCCUUCUGAAGCCUACUGGGAAAGGGUUGGGAUUUUCAAAAGCUGCUUAGAGCAGAAGUUGCAUGAAAAAUCAUUGGGCAUUUAUACUUGUGCAUCCUGUGGGUCUCCUGAGAAUGCCAUCCUCAGGAAAAGCUUUGUCCAGCCCUUUGUGGUUCAGCACUGGCGUCUUUGGAGUGAGAUCCCAGCAAACAGAGCUGCUCCCUGCCCUCUCACAGCUGAGCUUGAAGGUGUUUCUUACCUCCCUUUAUUGUAUGAAAGGUUAUGGAUUAUUCCUGUUGCACCUCCCAGUCUCUUGGAGUGUCCCUUUUGUCCCCAGGUCAUGCGCUACCAGGUGCUGCUGGCCCUGAUGCUGUCCAGCCAGACCAAGGACCAGGUGACGAGCGCUGCCAUGCUGCGCCUGCGCCAGCGCGGCCUCACCGUGGACAGCGUGCUGCAGAUGGAUGAGGAGAGCCUGGGACGGAUCAUUUAUCCCGUGGGAUUCUGGAGGAACAAGGUGAAGUACAUCAAGCAGACCACAGCCAUCCUGAAGCAGAAGUACGGGGGUGACAUCCCCAGCACUGUGGAGGAGCUGGUGCAGCUGCCAGGAGUUGGGCCCAAAAUGGCCCAUUUGGCCAUGCACAUUGCCUGGGACAGCGUGGCUGGGAUAGCUGUGGACACCCACGUGCACAGGAUCUCAAACAGGCUCAAGUGGGUGAAGAAGGAGACCAAGUACCCCGAGGAGACUCGGGUGGCUCUGGAGGAGUGGCUGCCCAGGGACCUCUGGAAGGAGAUCAACUGGCUCCUGGUGGGCUUUGGGCAGCAGACCUGCCUGCCUGUGAACCCUCGCUGCAGCCAGUGCCUCAACCAAGACAUCUGCCCAGCUGCCAAGAGACCCUGAGGGAUCAUCCAGCCUUUGGAGAGCCACCAAGCUGCUUGGGCUGAGUCCUGCUAAAGCUGGGCCUGGCACAGGGCUGGCAGUGUGACUGCAGGGGACAGGAGCCUGCUGCAGCAGCCCCAGGGAGCAGCCACUGGCAAUGGCUCAGCUCUCCAGAGGAAAAAGGGGCUUUGAGAGGCAGCAAUCCUGCUGGGACAGAGCUGAAGGCUCCAGCCUGGUGAAUGGCUGAGCAUGUGCCAGCUGUGCCACACUGAGUCACUAGAGAGGAAAGCUUUGUGCUCAGGGACUUGCUGCUGCUUGUAAAUACUUGUUUAAUAAAGGUGGUGAGGGUAUUUUGCACCCACGA